UCUCUCUCUCUCUCUCUCCCUCCCUCUCUCUCUCUUCCCCCCCAGGCUGACCUGAGUGCCAAUCUGCAGGACGACAGCAGCUUCUUCUACGGCGUGUCCAGUCAGUACGAGGGCACAGAGAACAUGGUCAUCACCUCCUCCACUAAGGUGUGCUCCUUCGGGAAGCAGGUGGUGGAGAAGGUGGAGACGGAGUAUGCUCGCUUCGAGGGGGGUCGCUACGUGUUCAGAAUCCACCGCUCGCCGCUGUGCGAAUACAUGAUCAACUUCAUCCACAAGCUCAAGCACCUCCCCGAGAAGUACAUGAUGAACAGUGUCCUGGAGAACUUCACCAUCCUUCAGGUGGUGACCAACAGAGACACCCUGGAAACGUUGCUGUGUGUGGCGUACGUCUUCGAGGUGUCCACGAGCGAGCACGGGGCGCAGCAUCACAUCUACAGGCUGGUCAAAGACUGACCGGACUGGAAAAAUCAUGGACUAUUUUCUCACUUGGUAAACUGUUACUAAACAAACGUGUACGAUGAGACCGUCUGUGAGUCUACACAUCAGGAAAACACUGGUUCAGAGGCCCCGAAGGCCAAACGAGAAGGGACGGCUCAUGUCGGAGGCAGAAGACUGAAGAAGGAGUAAACUGUGGACAUUUGUUUGAAGGCUUUGUUUUGUUGAGUCGUUGUUAAGAAAAAUUAACGUUAAAGAGGACUAUGAUCUACUGUGGUUUCUGAAUCAUAGGAGCCGAACUGCAUGUAAAACUUGACGUUGGGAUCUUUUCCUCCUUAUUUUAACUGUGCUUGUUUUGAUUUGUGUUUUUCUUUCACACGGACCCGUGCGCGUUGGUUGAUGUGGCUCCGUGAAGAGUUGAGUUGUCUGAUGGCGACAUCUGGUGGCUGUAACAGGAACGGCAGGAAAAGAGAACUAAAAGGGACUGAGGGUCUGCCAUCUGCAUAAAAAAACAGUGUGCUAUUUGGUGCCACAUUCUGUGCCACAUUUUGGUGUCAUUUGUGACAAGUAUUGAUGUGACAUGCCACUUCAAACUAAUGACAAAAUUGUCAAACUGUUCCAUGUACUGUCUUGUAUUGUUCCUAUUUCUGUUUGUUGAAAACCAAACAAAAGGCCUAGCCUAUGACUGCAGAAAUCUCUGUGGCUGCACCAUGCCCUGAAAAAAUGCGCUACUUCGUUACUUAACCCUCAUCUGUUUCUUGGUUUUGAACUUUAAAUGUGAAUUGUAGUACAAUUAGUGGUUUUGGCUUCAUUUGUGCACAAUAAUAUCUCAUUGAAUUGUCAAUCCAGAACUACAGAAGGCUCUUCUUUAUUGCGGGCAGAGUAUGGCCCCUUGAAGUGAUAGACUGCAUUCACAUUGGAGGUAGGGCUACACAAUGAAGAAAUACAAAAUAUUAACAAUAAACACAAAAGUGAAAUAUAAUCCUAUCUAUUGCUUAACCUACCCAACAAACCCAAAUAUUUACAAAACGAAUUAGCCAAUGAUCUGUUUAUAACAAUAAACGCGCCAUUAAAUUCAGCAGGAUUAAACCUCUAAUCCGCGUUAUACGAGAACACCGUGUGUCACGUU